AUGAUGGGAUUAGCCUGUCUUUUUCUUGCUGGAAAAGUAGAAGAAACACCUAAAAAGUGUAAAGAUCUCGUUCAAACUGCUAAAGAUAAAUAUCCGAAACAAUUUGCUGGGAAGAAUUUAAUGGAUGAAUUAAUUCUUCUUGAACGAAUUUUGCUACAAACGAUACGUUUUGAUCUUCAUGUUGAACACCCCUACAAUUUUUUGGUCCAAUAUGCUAAGGGAUUUAAGCUCGAUAAAGAUUAUAUGAGCAAAAUUGUGACUAAUGCUUGGACGUUUAUUAACGAUUCAUUAGCUACUAAUCUUUGUUUAUUGUGGGAACCCGAAGUUAUUGCUGUUGCGCUCCUCUAUAUGUCUUUUAAAAUGGCCAGAAUGGGAGAGGGCCCAGAAGGGGAGGCGAAAAUGGGUGCGGAUACGGAGUGGUGGGAUAUUUAUGUGCAAAAUUUAACUGUCCCAAUGAUGGAGGAUAUUUGUCAUAAGGUAUUUAAAUAUUAA